AUUUAACAUUUUAAUCCAAACCAUCCAUCAGAUUUGCUAUUUUCUCUAACUGUUCUAAUUUGACCAGUCAGGCACACAUCCGAUGCAAAUUUAAUUGAUUUUUUUUUUUUCAAUUGAUCUCACUUCUUUUUCUCUGAAACCCUAAUUUCAAGCUUCCACUUCACGAUUUGGCGUAUGCUGUUGCUUACACUCUCAAUAAGGAAUUUUCAGUCAGAGAAAUGGAAUCUGGAUCUGUUGAUGCAUCUACUCCAUCUGUAAAAGCUCCUGAUUUACAACCGCCUACUGCCACUGGUCCUGUACCAGAAAAUUCACCACAAGACGCACCUUCAAAGCUAUCGACGGCUGGGCUAGCAUCUUGGGCGAAAAGUUUGAAAAUUCCUCAACCAUUAGCUGCCUCCUCACAAGAUGACUCACCAAAUGAAAAUACUGGAAAGUCGACUUUUGCUCGUUUUACCAGUGGAUUUGGACUGCGAUUGUCUCCGAAAUCUCCUGUGGCUGAUGAGAGUCCAGAAGGAACUUCACCAACUUCUCAACCUGGUAUAUUUGGAACAAUCACUAAAGGCUUGGUUGAUACAUCCAAGAAUGCUGUAAAGGCUGUACAAGUCAAGGCUCGUCAUGCUGUCUCUCAAAAUAAGCGUAGAUUCCAGGAAGGAGGAUUUGAUUUGGACAUGACAUAUAUCACAGAGAAUAUAAUUGCCAUGGGGUUCCCUGCUGGUGAUAUGAGCUCUGGAUUUUUUGGAUAUGUUGAGGGAUUCUAUCGAAACCAUAUGGAAGAAGUCAUCAAGUUUUUUGAAACUCAUCACAAGGGUAAGUACAAGGUAUACAAUCUUUGCUCUGAGAGAUUGUACGAUGCAUCACUUUUUGAAGGGAAGUUGGCUAGCUUUCCAUUUGAUGAUCACAAUUGCCCUCCAAUUCAACUGAUAAUAUCAUUUUGUCAAAGUGCUUACUCGUGGUUGAAGGAGGAUAUUGAGAAUGUUGUGGUGGUGCACUGUAAGGCUGGAAUGGCAAGGACAGGGUUGAUGAUUUCCAGCCUUCUUCUAUACUUAAAGUUCUUUCCUACUGCUGAAGAAUCCAUUGACUACUACAACCAGAAGAGAUGUUUUGAUGCCAAGGGGCUUGUUCUACCAAGUCAAAUUAGAUAUGUAAAGUACUUUGAACGAGUUUUAACUUAUUUUAAUGGAGAAAACCAACCGGGGCGUAGGUGCAUGCUUAGGGGAUUUCGUCUUCAUCGAUGUCCUUAUUGGAUUAGGCCAUCUAUUACAAUCUCUGAUCAUAAUGGUGUUCUCUUCUCCAGUAAAAAACAUCCAAGAACCAAGGAUUUGUCGCCAGAAGACUACUGGUUUAGUGCUCCAAAGAAAGGUGUUAUGGUUUUUGCUUUGCCUGGGGAACCUGGUCUAGCAGAGGUGGCCGGAGAUUUUAAAGUCCAUUUUCAUGACCGCCAAGGAGAUUUUUACUUCUGGGUAAACACCACAAUGAUGGAAAAUAGAAAGAUUUUUAACACCAGUGAUAUUGAUGGGUUCGACAAGAGAAAGCUGCCUUCGCCGGGAUUUCAAGUGGAGGUUGUGCUAGUAGAUUAUAAUGGUACCAGCUCGACAGGGUCGAACAGUGAAACUGCGGUUAAUAAGCCAAAUGAAGGCUCAACUGCUGCUCCGGCUCCAGUUGACACAGGUGAAGCUGCAGCUGGAACUGCCCAUACACAGAAUAAAGACGGUGGAAAUAACGAUAAAGAUGAUGUGUUUUCUGAUAGUGAGGCAGAGGAAUCUGUUUCUUCAAAAACAAGGCCAGCUCAAACCGCCUCUACAGGAGGAGGAGCCGCAACCAAAGCCGCUUCCAGUUCAGAAACUAAUACUAAAUCAGAUCGAGUUGGAAGUAUAACACAUGCAACCGAACAUCUUUCUCUGGGGACCACAGGCUCACAACAGACGCAUACUUCCGGUCAGCCAAAAAGUGAUGCAGUUGGCGGCGUUGCCUCCAGGGUUGAAGCUAACAGUUCCGAAAGUGAGUUCAAAGCAAUGGCCGCCGAUGCUUCCGUUUUCACUUUUGGAGAUGAUGAAGACUAUGAAAGUGAUUGAAGACUGGAGAAGAUUUCCGGGGCCUUGCGGAAAGAUCAUCUGUACAUAAACUGGCUUGCAAGGUAUACAUGCAUUACUCUUUGUUUUGUCAAAUGUAAAUGUCUGUUUCUGGCUUAUCAUUUGUUUAAAGUCAAGAAUAGGCUGAAUGCAUGAAUAAUUGUUGCAUUAUUAGAAUUCUUUUUAUUUUCUUUCCAUUGUUGUUGAAAAAUGUACAUUAUUAUAUCAAACAUUAUAUAGUUAUGCUAUGCCACUAUAAUUCUUCUGCA